AGGGCGCCCGUCCUCUUCCAUGGGGCUGAGCGAGUGGCUGGACGCCUGGUGCUGCUGCUGCUGCUGCCGCCGUCGCGGGAGAUGCUUCGGGGACGCUGCGCCUCCGGAGAAGGAGCCCCUGGUCAGUAAUAACAACCCUUAUGCUUCAUUUGGAGCAACACAGGCAUGGGAUGAAGAGAAGAACCUGUGGAGCGCCCCUCAUGACAUCUCCCACACAGAAGCAGAUGAUGACCGGAUACUCUAUAACCUAAUUGUGGUUAGAGAUAAACUGGACAAAGAUUCUGAGGAAUGGCAAAAACUGAACUAUGACAUCUAUACUUUACGUCAAAUGCGAAGGGAAGUGAGAAACAGAUGGAAAUGCAUUUUGGAAGACUUGGGUUUUCAGAAGGAAGCAGAUACCUUGUUGUCGGUAACCAAACGAAGCAUUGUUAGUGACUCUCAGAACAUGAGCAAAGCCCGAGAGAUCCUCUUGAAGCUAUCUGAGGAGACAACUAUUUUCCCAACAAGCUGGGAGCUUUCAGAGAGGUACCUCUUUGUGGUGGAUCGUCUCAUUGCCCUUGAUGCUGCUGAUGAAUUCUUUAGAAUUGCGAGUGUAACAUAUCCAAAAAGUGAACGAUGAAGACAAUGGAAAAUGGCCUGGUGCAAUUCUUCUCUGUCGUAACACUUUCUCUUCGCCGAUUCGGUACAAUGAUCUGUAUCUCCUGUACAUGGCUGUUCUCCCAUGUUCUCGUUUAAGUAGAAUUUGAAUAGAGGGUAACAAAUUGACUUCUUCUGCCAUUUCAUCAAGUUCUUCCUCUCAUAGGAAAUACACUACGUUUUGUGCCAGCAAAUCCCUCCAUGUCCAUCUAUGCAAUAAGCGAUUCUCUGUCUGGUAGAUGUGGGUGAUUCUUAAUUUUUACAACAUUCUAUCAAUGUUGUUGCAUGAAUAUCAACAAUGGAAGUGACUUCCCAGCAGCAAGAGUGUCGUAUACUGGGGCUGUUCAUAUGACAUGACAGCCCACUGCGGUUUAUUGAAUGCACAAUGGGGUGCAGCAUGCAUGCAGCCACUGUUUUGAAUAUACAACCCCUACUCAGGGGUUGUCAUGUUGUGUGAGCCCGGAAAGCAUGGGCUAUGCAAGGUUAAACAACACUUGCAUAACCCAUGGCCUGUUUUAGGGUUGUGUGAGGAUUGUUUAACCCUUGCAUAGCCCAUGCUCACUGGUUUCGCAUGACAUGAUAACCUGCAAGUGGAGGGUUGCAAAUACAAUCUGGCGCCCAUGCGUGCUGUGACGCAUCAUGGGUUAAAUAACCCACGAUGAGCUGCAAUGUCAUCUGAACCUGAUCAUUGUCUUGAGUAGCAUUUUUAGUGGGUGAAGAAACAGAAAAUCAAAUUCUGUUCUUUCAAGCUGAUAUUUUGCCCCAAAUCUACCAUAGCUAUUUCAUAUUUACCUUCCCCUACCAAGCACGAAUCCAUUGUUUCACUGUGAAAGAUUUGUGUAAGUAUCUAUUUUCAGAUUUUGUACUGGAAAGCACAUAUAAGCCUUUCUUUAUGGGAAAACUCUAUGUAGAAAUUGCCCUAUAUGUUGUGAAGUGACAAAAUGAUUCCAGGUGCUUCCUGUGUUCCUGUUACUAUUUUGAUCACAUUUUGAACUUGAACAUUCCAAUCUCCUUAAGGUUUGAUGAAACUUGGGGCCGAAAUAGACAUUACUUUAAAUCCAGAUCUAGUGGCAAUAUCUUUUUCAGUUUUACACCCAAAUAGAUGCACGGCCCCCAAUCUGGAUUGAGCCCAUAGCAGGGGGAAAGGAUUAAAGCCCCCAUCCUCUCUCUAGGGUCCCAAUCUGAAUUGAGGUCCCUGCGCCUACUCUGGAGUAAAAAAAAAAAAAAUGGUGUGUGUGUGGGGGAACCCAUAGCUGCUAGAUCCAGAUUUAAAGUACUGCCUGAUUUGGCCCUGAGCAUUCAGUCACUGGGAGGCAAAAAAUAUUUUGGCAUUUCUAUUUUUCACUAUCUUAACUGUUUGAACAAAUAUGUGUUUACUUUACGGAAACCUAUAUUGUGUUUGCGAAUGAUACAAAAAAUGAAUAAUACAAAAUGUUUUAAUAUGGCCCAAAUAUAAUAUCUUGCUGUCUGACAGUGAGCAAUAAUUUUAAAGAACAGAUGUGGUGAUGGCUCAGCACUUUUUUUUACAGCAAAAAAGCUGCUGCUCUCACCAGAUGGUGUUUGAUUUUUGUGGAAGCAACACAGUGAACAAAAUGGCAAGAGAGGGUUUUUUUAGCGUUUGUACCAAUGAUGUUCAUAUACUUGUUGAAUUGUCAGUGUGUUUUGUCACUUUUCCUAGGAAAAAAAGGUGUAUCAAUUAUUUACAUUGAUACCUUAAUUUAAUAAAUAAAAAGGCCCGUUGUGAUUA